AAGGAGGACAAACUUCGUCACAAAAUCUCAAAGGAAGGGGGCGCAGGUGUGGUGGCCCCCACAGUGCAAGGGCUGCCUUUUGAGCAGGACAAUUGCACAUCCUCUCAUGAGUGGAUCAAGCUCUGAGCAAGACAACACCUAUAGAGAUGCAGCUUGCUCAGCGAAGAAAAAACGGGACCACACCAGAAGGGUGCACUGCAGAAGUGCACAUGAGUAUCGCUUGAUAUUUCAAAGAGGACAUGGAUCUUUCAGAGCAGGCGAUUGCGGCCAUGCUGGCAGACGAGGCCUCCCAGCUGAGACAGGCCGCUGGCUUCCAGGGUUACUCGGCGUUUCUGCAGAAACCCGUGCUGCGUGCGCGGCCUAACAAGCAGUUCCUAGCUGCGACUGUGCGGAGCGUAGAGAGUGCAAACCGCAUGGCCCAGGUCUCUGAGAUGUGGCAUCAGCGUCAGAAGGAGCUCAGUGAGGAAGAGGGGUCUGGCAGAAAAGCCAGAGGAAGCGGUGCUGCUGGACGCCGAAAAGAUUCGGGAACCAGUGGCAAGGAUUCAAGUCGAAGAGGGGCCACGAUCAAGCUGAAAUCCCCUCUGAAUACAGAAGCAGAGCGUGCUGUAAGAGAAGAUGGUAGACAAGAAAAUCAUGCCAAGGGCCGCCACAAAGGUUUUCCCCAGGAAAGGGGAAACGGCAGCGAGGAUGAGACUCCCUCGGAGGAUGACAGUGAUGUGAGCGGCUUCAGUGGAGAGCGGCCGGCAGCGCGCGUCCAUAGAAGAAGGCGACAAUCGAUUGAAAGGAGUCAGCACGCGUUGGAAAAUGAGGGGGAGCAGAUAGGCCCAAGUGCCGCUGGGGAGGGCGACGAUGCGCAAGAAGUGGAGCUGGAUGAGUUCCUUCACAGCAGGAAGAAACGAGGACGGGGAGCCGUUGGUUCGAGGAUGGAUGAGCCAGGACCGUUUGCAGCUGCGAUGGGCGGCGAUGAGAUAGAUGACAGGGGCACAUCCGCAAGAGUCCCAAUUGUGUUGGGACCCCAGCUUCCGGCAGAACUCGAGGAGAAACGGAAGAGAGAAAAGCGUUCAAGAACGGAGGCAUUCUUGGUUGAUCACAGUUCACCUAGUAAAUCGGGGAAGAAGCAUAGAACUGACGAAGGAAAAAGAGCAAGAAAAGAAGAGAGGCGAAAGCGAAGGCUAGAGAAGGAGAGACUACGGGAAGCUAAGCGUCGAAAGAAGUCGUCAAAACAUGAGUGACGCAAUUUGGGGGGAUAAUUGAUCUCCCACUGCGCAGCUCUUUGUUCUUGCCCAAGCCGCCAUUUGUGUGAGCAUCUAGGGCUUCUGAAAGCAGGCGAGCAAAAGAACAUGUCCGGGGUGAGCCCAAAAAGCUUGGAUGCCUCCGUUCUUGUUUGCUUCUACAGCGUACGACUUUUUUGCCUUGAUGAAAAUUCGGAG